AUGCCUGAAUUCGACAAUUGUGAUAAAUCCAUAACAAAAAAGUUACCUGGGCUCGAGUGUAACAAAUGUGGAAAAGUAGUACACGUCAAUCAAUUAUGCACAGACUUAUCUUCGAAGCAGUUAUCAGCGCUGCACAAUACUGAAAACCUGGAGUGGACAUGCCAAGAUUGUCAUAAAGAAUCGCUCCAUCGUAAGUCUUUCAUAAUUCCGGAGGAUGAUGACGAUGAUACUGAUGAGAACCAAAUGGGUGAAAGCGGUUCGGCAGCGAUGAGUAAACUACUUAGUGAUAUCUCAACUGAGGUAAAGGAAGCAGUGAAGAAGGAAUGGCUUCUGUGA